UUUCCGUCAACUUUAUCCUUCUCACCACACAUUUCCCGGUCGUUUAAAAAGCGAAGGCAAUUCGCUGAUUGCCAGCUAAAUUCAAAAAACUCUUUCCACUAGCACGAAGAAGCUCAUUUCUACAUUUUGUAAGUCUAUUUUUCUAUACAUGAAUUAAACACCUUUUUAAUAGCGUUUAAAAUCUUGUCAACCUGGCGACGGUUUUUGCCGAGACUACUCUGCAUUCAUGCACUAAACCUGUGAAAUUUGCAUAACUUUAAUUUUCUUUGCAUCAAAUUUUAGUGCCAAGUAGAAUUACGGAACCUUUAUCAACUCUCAACAAUAUUGUGCCGGAAUGAACAAAGAAAUGAUUUGCUUGCCUAUAAGAGAACAGCUCAGACACUUGCAGUACGAAAGCAGGUUACAGUUAUAAGUAACACCACCUCGUUCGCGGAAACGAAAAAACAAUGAAUUUCUCUCAGUCUUCAUGGAUUGGUAAUGAAAGUGAAUGUAAAAGCUUUCUCUUCAAAGCUGUUCCCUUGCAGUAUUCUUCUACCGAUUCAUUUUAUGGUUUGCUUGUCGCAGCAGCAAUUCUUAAUUUGGCCACUUGUCCUUUUACCAUCUUCUUGAAUACUUUGGUUAUGGUAGCCGUGAAAACCAGACGACGACUUCAAACACACCCCAACAUUCUGUUGGCUUGUUUGGCACUUACCGAUCUGAUGGCUGGGCUUGUUGUACAACCCCUUCACACAGCGAAGACUAUUUUCCUCCUCCAAAGGAAAGAUGCUCACGAAUUUUGUAACAUCGAGCUAGCAUUUUCCGUCUCGUUUUUGGUAUUUUCCUUCAUUACCAGUUGUCACCUUCUUUUAAUCAGCGGAGAGCGAUAUCUUGCCAUCAAACAUACCUUCGCCCACGCUACAGUCGUCACUAAAGCUCGUCUGAUCAUGUCCUGUGCUGUGGCGUGGAUUGCAGUGAUGGUAUUCCUUCUUGUUAUAUCGCAUUUCACAAUAAUCUUCUUUAUUUACAAUGCAAUAAUCAUUUUUUCAAUCUUCUUGCUUCACAUUUUUGUUUACAAGGAGGCCCGUCGACACGAAAAACAGAUUCUUUCACAGCGUGUUUCCAUGGAGGCUAGAGAAGAAUUUAAACAGGAGAAGAAAGCUUUAAAACUAACUACGAUAAUACUAGUAACCAUUUUUCUGUGUUGUUUGUCACCGUUGAUUUUCUUGUUUGUUACAUGGCUUCUUUUUAGCCAAGCAUUUCCGCCUCAUGUUAAAGCAUUAGUUCGUCAUCUUGGUCUUGCGCCGGUGUUAAUCAAUUCAUUUCUUAACCCAGUCAUUUACACUGUGAGGAAGAAGGAAUUUCGAGUUGCAUUUAUUGAAAUGCUUUUAAGAAAGAGUUUACAAGACGCGGAAGCAUUUCAUCGGAGACUGUUUGGAUCACGAAACAAUGCUGUGAUACAGCAAAUUGAACAAGAAGGCGGACGACAGGAACAGAAUGCCGAGAAUGAAAAUGCAUCUCACUCUGCUGAAAGGCAACCAUGAAUACAAUCCUGAAGUGCACAUUUCUGGCGAUAACUUCGAGGACAGAAACUCCACCGCUACGACUGCCACCCAGAGCAGGCCUGUUUCUUCAAAUUAACAAACCAGCACAUUCA